GUGAUAUGGAAUAUAUUUCCUAGAGUCAUGGCCGUACCACCCCCAGAUCAAGUCUGUGUCAUGGACCAGACGAGCAUGGAUGAUGGGACUGCCCCCCCCAAAUGUUUUCAACACUGUCUUUCACCUACUACACUUGCACUGCGCCUGGAAAGUGAAGAUGGUAACCAAAUAGAUUUAAACUCGUGAACAAAAUAUUAUGAAACAAAGGGCGCUUUUGAAAGAAGUUUUUCAAUUUCAGAGUCCAAAAACUAAUUACAAGUCAAAUGAUAAAUUCAUUAUGAAAAUUGGCCUACUUCUUUCAUGCUCUGUUUGCCUGAUGAUAUAUAUUUGUCACUUUCAGGAAUUGAUUGUUAUGGUAAUGAACGGGAAGUCUUGUCAGAGCAAGCCAAAUUUUUCAACAACAAACUGCUCAGUGAUGUCAUACUUCAGGUUGAAAAUGAGAAGUAUUUUGCUCACAAGUUGGUUUUAGUCCGUGCAUCCCAAGUCUUUGAACGCAUGUUCACAAGUCGUCAGUGGGACAGCCACAAAGAAAAGGUUAGAUUAAAAACAGAAAUCAGUUUUAAACAUGGUCUAACCAAAAUUUGAAAGUGAAAUUGUGUGACCUCUUGAUUGAAAGUGGUUUUUGUCUGGUCAAGAAAAACACCAAAACUUUGCUUACAGCUCAUUUUACAGCAACAUUGUGGUGUUAAAUAUUAAAUGAGCUAAAAGGAUUAUGGAAACUAGAUGCUGGAGUUGCUCAGGUUUAGACAGCCUGAGUUAAAAUCUCGGAAUUACAGAAAAUUUUUAACAGUGGUGAUGAAUCAAAAACACACGCUAUAUUUGUGAGUAAACUCCCUUUAAAGUAGGAGUCUGCAAAAUUUUUUAGCCAUUACCCCCAAAUUUAUUUGUUUAAGCCCUCUAUUGGGAGGAAGAAAAUGAAAGAAUAUUUAAAUUCAAAUGGUUUAUUGAAUCUAUUUAUGCAGAGAAUACAUUAAUAAAUAUAAUUUUUUUAAAAUAAAUGAGAUAAAAAUAAAUGAAUAAAAUACUUAUAUUAUGGAAUUGUUGAUACAAUAACAUUACAAUUUGGAGAGCAAUUUGGAAACUGUUUUCAUGGUUCAAUAAUUGAUUUUCCUGCUUUGGUUUUAAGUUCCUUAGUGUGGAAAAUUCUUGUACCUAAAGAUAUGUUGUUUCAAAAGGUAGCAACUAUUAACAGUCACAUUAUGUGCAAUUUUCAAAGCAAAUCUCUCUCUGCCCCCCCCCCCCCCCCCCCCCCCCCCAAAUACUUUGGUAAAAAGGAAAACAUAUUUAAUAUAAUUUUAUUGUCUUUUGAGCCUCCAUUACCAACAGAUGUUCAUUUUUACCCCAUUUAAGGUCAUUACCCUGUUCGCCGACCCUGCAUGUAAGUUUAAAGCACCACAGAAAGCCAGUAGCUAAGGGAGAAAACCCAAUUUGGAAAAUCAAGCAAUAUUUUAUAUGUCCAUCGUGACACAAAACAGCACAGCACUCACACUAUUAAGUGCUAGAUAUAUAAUAUUUUACAACUUAUAGAUUGGUAAUUAUAGAAAUUUGAGAGAAUUUUUUAAACUUAUGUAAAACAAUUAAAAAUAAUAUAUAUAUAAUAAAUGAAGAGUCGAUUUUCAAAACGUGGUAUACGCCAUUUUGAAAAAAAUGAGAUAACUGUACAUUCUUGUAGAGCAGACCAGGUUCCUUUAGGGAAUGUUAAAAUAUAUCUACAAAACACAUUUUAAUACUAUAUUAUUCUAUGUCUAAAAAUGAUUUUAUUUUCAAAAUGCGGUUUGUAUUUUUUUUUUAUUAUCAAAAUGCUGUAUAUAUUUUCGGACCAAUCCGUGUGAUUGGCAAGCUAUUCUGCUCAUGCGCACUAAACAUCAUGAUGCAAAACAACAACAAACACGGUGCAUAACGACGGCCUGGAUGAAAGAGUUGUUUGUACUAUAAAAUCUUGAAAAAGAAAGAAAAAAGCCCAACACGAGAAAAAGACAAAUCAUUUCGUCAUUCAAGCGGAGGAAAGAUCCCCUCGGUUAAAUGUAAUCACGAUAAAUGGUUCUGCAAGGUGAGUUAACCGGUAACUUUACUAAAAAACCACUAAAUUUCAUUUUACAUUAUUCAUUAUUAUUAUUAUGGUUAUGGUUGCUACACAUCAGAAGUGUUCAGGAAAUGAAAAUAAAAAGUUGCUUCACAGAGUUAGCUGUGUUAUUUAAUACACAUUCAAUCUUUCACAUGCAGAGCCAGCCAUUACAGUAGAAAAGGGUGCUCAAGGACAGAACUAUUUGCCCUCUGAUUUGAAUGUAAAUAAGAAGCAUCAACUUCCUGGAACAAAACCAAACUGCUUUUGAAGAUGAUGCACACUCUGAAUCAACCAAACUGCUAUUGAAGGUGAUGCACACUCUGAAUCAACCAAACUGCUAUUGAAGAUGAUGCACACUCUGAAUCAACCAAACUGCUAUUGAAGAUGAUGCACACUCUGAAUCAACCAAACUGCUAUUGAAGAUGAUGCACACUCUGAAUCAACCAAACUGCUAUUGAAGACGAUGCACACUCUGAAUCAACCAAACUGCUAUUGAAGAUGAUGCACACUCUGAAUCAACCAAACUGCUAUUGAAGAUGAUGCACACUCUGAAUCAACCAAACUGCUAUUGAAGAUGAUGCACACUCUGAAUCAACCAAACUGCUAUUGAAGAUGAUGCACACUCUGAAUCAACCAAACUGCUAUUGAAGAUGAUGCACACUCUGAAUCAACCAAACUGCUAUUGAAGAUGAUGCACACUCUUAAUCAACCGAACUGCUAUUGAAGAUGAUGCACCCUCUUAAUCAACCAAACUGCUAUUGAAGAUGAUGCACACUCUUAAUCAACCAAACUGCAAUUGAAGAUGAUGCACACUCUUAAUCAACCGAACUGCUAUUGAAGAUGAUGCACACUCUGAAUCAACCAAACUGCUAUUGAAGAUGAUGCACACUCUGAAUCAACCAAACUGCUAAUGAAGAUGAUGCACACUCUGAAUCAACCAAACUGCUAUUGAAGAUGAUGCACACUCUGAAUCAACCAAACUGCUAUUGAAGAUGAUGCACACUCUGAAUCAACCAAACUGCUAUUGAAGACGAUGCACACUCUGAAUCAACCAAACUGCAAUUGAAGAUGAUGCACACUCUGAAUCAACGAAACUGUUAUUGAAGAUGAUGCACACUCUGAAUCAACCAAACUGCUAUUGAAGAUGAUGCACACUCUGAAACAACCAAACUGCUAUUGAAGAUGAUGCACACUCUGAAUCAACCAAACUGCUAUUGAAGGUGAUGCACACUCUGAAUCAACCAAACUGCUAUUGAAGAUGAUGCACACUCUGAAUCAACCAAACUUCUAUUGAAGAUGAUGCACACUCUGAAUCAACCAAACUGCUAUUGAAGAUGAUGCACACUCUGAAUCAACCAAACUGCUAUUGAAGAUGAUGCACACUCUGAAUCAACCAAACUGCUAUUGAAGAUGAUGCACACUCUGAAUCAACCAAACUGCUAUUGAAGAUGAUGCACACUCUGAAUCAACCAAACUGCUAUUGAAGAUGAUGCACACUCUGAAUCAACCAAACUGCUAUUGAAGGUGAUGCACACUCUGAAUCAACCAAACUUCUAUUGAAGAUGAUGCACACUCUUAAUCAACCGAACUGCUAUUGAAGAUGAUGCACCCUCUGAAUCAACCAAACUGCUAUUGAAGGUGAUGCACACUCUGAAUCAACGAAACUGCUAAUGAAGAUGAUGCACACUCUGAAUCAACCAAACUGCUAUUGAAGAUGAUGCACACUCUGAAUCAACCAAACUGCUAUUGAAGAUGAUGCGCACUCUGAAUCAGACACUUCAUUAUGUUCUAUAUUCAAAUAAAACGAUUUGUGAAUUGAACAUUAUCUUGUUUACUUUUGUUUAGAAUUCAGAUUUAUAAAAACAAAUUAUGCAAACUUAUAGCACUCUAAACAUUACACUAUUACAGGGGACAUCCAGCAUUUAUAAUACUGUUCUGUUAAAAUAUAUCAAUAAAAAAACAUUAAUCAUACACAAUUAUAUAAUGUAUAUGAUACAAUUUAAUUUUAUUAUAAUUUGUUUUGUAAGUGAUUUGUAAUCUAAAAACAACUUGAAUUAUUUGCUACUGGGAAUAAUGUUAUGCUAUCAAAAUGGAUAUACAGUAUUUUGUCGCUAAGUUACAGCUGGAUACACAGCAUUUUGAAACUAAAUAAGAAAUUCAAACAAGUAAAUAAAUACAUUUUAAUUAACCUAUAUUUCAAUUUUCAUCAUAAUCUAACUUAUAUUUUGAAUAUAUACCUAAAUUAACAUGUAAUUUUCAGAAAAUUUGAGCCAUCAUUGUGUAUCAGUAAAAGCCGAUUAUCUCAAAAUGCCAAAAAUGGAGAUACAGCAUUUUGAAAAUCGACUCUUCAUAUAUAUAUAUAUUUUUUUAUCUUCACCCAAUUUUUUUGUAAGUUAUUCCCCCUUUCUAGUAAGCAAUGUUUUUAAAUGAUCUCACAAAUGAUAAAACUCAGAUUUAUUUCCUCAGGAAAUCAAGUUGGUGGAGGACAGUGUGUGUCUUGGCGUGUUUCCAAGGUUUCUCAAUUUUCUCUACAGCUGCCAUAUAAAACUAAACAUAGACAACACAUUGCCAGUUCUCAUCCUGUCGGACAAAUACAAUGUAACAGACCUGCGCACUGUAAGUAAGAACAUUUUCAACCACUUUGCAGGAUUAAUGACCUCAUGGUUUUAAAAUAGUUUGGAAAUAAAGUUAAUAACAAAGAGAAUUUAUUUUGUCCUUUUAAACUCAAUACCCAAAUGUGUAUUUUCAGGUCUGUCUGGACUUUGCCUGCUUCUACAUCAUACCAAAGGUUCAGCUGAAAGAUGUCUUUCAUGUAUGGUUUCAAUAUGCCACAAAAUGCUACCAUCAUAGGCUCACGAAGGCAUGUGUUCAGGUACCAACAAGUGUUUCACCUUGUUUACCAAUACAAGCUACUUAAGACCCAAAAUUUAAUAAAUAUUAUAUAUAUAAAUAUAUAUAUUAAUAUAUAUUUACAUUUGCAAAGGUUGUUAACCGAUUUCAGUGUCAGAUGUUUGCAAUUUACUGUAAUUCAAUCUGAUUGAAAUUUGUGACGUCUUGGUUGUCCCUGAUUGACUGUCCUCUCAUCUUGGUUGUCCCUGAUCGACUGUCCUCUCAUCUUGGUUGUCCCUGAUCGACUGUCCUCUCAUCUUGGUUGUCCCUGAUUGACUGUCCUCUCAUCUUGGAUGUCCCUGAUCAACUAUCCUCACUAAUCUCAUGUUUAAACACCCCCCCCCCCAACCCCCAUUCUAAAGCCCUUAUACCAGAAUGAUGAGUAUCUGCCCACAUUGUGUUUAGCUUAUGUUCUUCUGAAGUGUUGGCCUCCUCAUUUAGGUGUAAUUUUGUUGACAGAUCUGAUUGGCAAAGUUUCAAUUUGCUAUCAUAAUAACAAGAAUCUUUAGAGUUGUAGUUACAAGUUUACAAUUAUUAUUUAAGCUCAUUACAAAGACAAAGAUAUGGAUGAUUUCUCAGUAAGAGAUCUUCUCCUCUGUCAACAGGCGUUGGCUUUAAAGAUGGACGAAGUUAUAAAUACGGCCGAAUGGGAGGCGGAGUGGCUGAGUUUGGACAAAGAUCAGCUGAUUGAGAUGUUGAACUCAUCCUGCCUGGUGGUCAAAGAUGAAUUUGAUCUUUGGAUGGCUGUGGUCAAGUGGCUAAUGGUAAAUGAGGGUACAGUGGCCAAUGGUAAAUUAGGGUACCAUGACCAAUGGCAAAUGAAGGUACAGUGGCUAAUUGUAAAUGAGGGUACAGUGCAAGGCUAAUGGUAAAUGAGGUAACAUUGGCUAAUGGUAAAUGAGGGUACAGUGGCCAAUGGUAAAUGAGGGUACAGUGGCCAAUGGUAAUUGAGGGUACAGUGGCUAAUAGUAAAUGAGGGUACAGUGCAUGGCUAAUAGUAAAUGAGGUAACAUUGGCUAAUGGGAAAUGAGGGUACAGUGGCCAGUGGUAAAUGAGGGUACUGUGGCCAAUGGUAAAUGAGGGUACAGAGGCCAAUGGUAAAUGAGGGUACAGGGGCCAAUAGUAAAUGAGGGUACAGUGGCCAAUGGUAAAUGAGGGUACUGUGGCCAAUGGUAAAUGAGGGUACAGUGGCCAAAGGUAAAUGAGGGUACUGUGGCCAAUGGUAAAUGAGGGUACUGUGGCCAAUGGUAAAUGAGGGUACCAAACAGAAAGGGAAAAAAAAACAUGGGUUAACUGCACAAGAUCCACAUUUUAAUGGGAGAAAAAAUAUUUACAGUACGUCAACAUUUAGAUAUUCAUUUUUAUUGGUGUUUGUAUUUAUAUCAAAUGAUGUGUUUAAAUUUAUAUAAAAUGAUUAAGAAUAAGCACAGAUUGAACAAAGUAAGAAGGUCAUGUAUGAUGCAUCUGGUGGCCGCACUAUUUAACAUGCCAGCGCUUCCCACGGGUGCAGGUUGUCCCCCACUGAUUUAAAGGAACAAAGUUUAAUUCAUGAAAACUAAUUUCACUAUGAUUUGUUGUGAUAGGCCACCAAUGCUCAAGUCAGUCUAACAAAUUUCAUUGUUUUUUAUCUUGAUAUUCUUCUGCAAGUUGUAAGUAAAAUAAAAAACGUUUCUAAUAAAUAAAUCUACUUCAACAGCACAGAAUCUUGCCAUUAAAAAAAUUGUUAUUAUUUAAUUUCUCAAAGGCGUACAAAGAGUCCAAACAUUUAAAUAACAAGCGGUUUGAAGAAGUUUUGACCAGUGUGAUGGACGCUGUCAGAUUUCCAAUGAUGACACCCGACCAACUCAAUCAGGUAAGUCAUGUCUGUUUAUCACUGAAAUUGCUUUCCCAGUCAUAUUGUUCUCUCCUAAAGGUCGUUUAUCCUAGUCAUGAAGGGUCCAUACAUAAUUUAUGUUUAGUUCCUAAAGGUCCUUAUCCAUUUUAUGUGUAUAGGUAAUAAAUUAAAUCUAAGGAUAAAACUUAUGUGUAUAUAAGUAAUAAAUUACAACUAAGGAUAAAACUUAUGUGUAUAUAAGUAAUAAAUUACAACUAAGGACAAAACUUAUGUGUAUAUAAGUAAUAAAUUAAAUCUAAGGACAAAACUUAUGUGUAUAUAAGUAAUAAAUUAAAUCUAAGGACAAAACUAAUGUGUAUAUAAGUAAUAAAUUAAAUCUAAGGACAAAACUCAUGUGUAUAUAAGUAAUAAAUUAAAUCUUAAGGACAAAACUAAUGUGUAUAUAAGUAAUAAAUUAAAUCUAAGGACAAAACUUAUGUGUAUAUAAGUAAUAAAUUAAAUCUACGGACAAAACUUAUGUGUAUAUAAGUAAUAAAUUAAAUCUACGGACAAAACUUAUGUGUAUAUAAGUAAUAAAUUAAAUCUACGGACAAAACUUAUGUGUAUAUAAGUAAUAAAUUAAAUCUAAGGACAAAACUUAUGUGUAUAUAAGUAAUAAAUUAAAUCUAAGGACAAAACUUAUGUGUAUAUAAGUAAUAAAUUAAAUCUACGGACAAAACUUAUGUGUAUAUAAGUAAUAAAUUAAAUUUACGGACAAAACUUAUGUGUAUAUAAGUAAUAAAUUAAAUCUACGGACAAGACUUAUGUGUAUAUAAGUAAUAAAUUAAAUCUACGGACAAAACUUAUGUGUAUAUAAGUAAUAAAUUAAAUCUACGGACAAAACUUAUGUGUAUAUAAGUAAUAAAUUAAAUCUACGGACAAAACUUAUGUGUAUAUAAGUAAUAAAUUAAAUCUACGGACAAAAAUAAUGUGUAUAUAAGUAAUAAAUUAAAUCUAAGGACAAAACUAAUGUGUAUAUAAGUAAUAAAUUAAAUCUACGGACAAAACUUAUGUGUAUAUAAGUAAUAAAUUAAAUCUACGGACAAAACUUAUGUGUAUAUAAGUAAUAAAUUAAAUCUACGGACAAAACUUAUGUGUAUAUAAGUAAUAAAUUCAAACUGGGGACAAAACUAAUGUGUAUUAGGUAAAUAAUUACAAAAGAGAAAAUUUAAUCAUCAUGCAUAUACCACAUCAAUCUUACAUGUUUAAUUUCAACAGGACAAAUAAAUUUAGAUCUUAAUAUUGCAUAAAAUGGUGAAUAUGCUGAAGUGCCUGUUUAGACAGUUAGAUACCACAAAUAUACAUUGAUUAGUAUUUUUUUUUUAAACAUUGCAGUUUUACAUGCUUACAAAAUAUCAGAUUUAGCUACCAUUAAAUCUAAAUGAGCUACCAUUACUUUAUAUUUAUUUAACCCAUUUCAUCCGUGACAAAAAUAUUUUCAGUCUUUACUUUCAUCCAUCACACAAAUAUUUUCAGUCUUUACUUUCGUCCGUCACACAAGUAUUUUCAGUCUUUACUUUCAUCCGUCGCACAAGUAUUUUCAGUCUUUACUUUCACCCGUCGCACAAGUAUUUUCAGUCUUUACUUUCAUCCGUCACACAAGUAUUUUCAGUCUUUACGUUCAUCCAUCGCACAAGUAUUUUCAGUCUUUACUUUCAUCCGUCGCACAAGUAUUUUCAGUCUUUACUUUCACCCGUCUCACAAGUAUUUUCAGUCUUUACUUUCAUCCGUCACACAAGUAUUUUCAGUCUUUACGUUCAUCCGUCGCACAAGUAUUUUCAGUCUUUACUUUCAUCCGUCGCACAAGUAUUUUCAGUCUUUACUGUACUGUCAUAUGUCACACAAGUAUUUUCAGUCUUUACUUUCACCCGUCACAUAAAUAUUUUCAGUCUUUAUGAUAUUUUCAUUAAUUAACCUCCAUUAAGGAGUUUAAAUUCACUAACACAUUUGUGCCGUCUGUAUUCCCGCAUGUGUUCCAGCUGGAGUCACUGCCACUGAUAGAACAGCACCGAGAUCUGUUUCAGCAUCAUUUACUGCUGGCCUACAAGUACCAUGCUCUUCCGCUAUCCACCCGUUCUCGCAUUAAAGAUUUCACCACCAAGUCUUUUCUUUUACGGAACUACUCCACUCUUCGCUGGGACAAACGUAUUGUCAUACCUCACCUAUCGACCGUUCAAAAAGGUGCCGAGCUUGGAAUAAGAUUUUCUACUCGUGCAUCGUCAUUCCCAGCCCAGACGUGGGAGUGGGAGCUUAAGGUCUACCCUAAAGGUUUUGGCAGUAACGCAGAAGACUUUCGAAUCCUUCUGUUCUCUAAUGUUAUUUUAGAGCAGCCCAGGGCGGUGGAGUACUGCUUGUGCCUGGCCAACAGCCAACAGCUCCUGCAGUCAGUUUGUGGGAAGAAGAACUUCUCCAAGGCUCGCUACUCUUCUGAUACUGAGAUGGAGAAAAAGGUUUCAGUGACAGAGUUAUUCGAGCCCCAAUCUCCGUUUAUCGUGGAUGACUCGUUGAUACUGCAGAUUUGUUUAAAACCUGCAGAUUAA